AUAAAAUAGAAAUUGAGAGAGACGCAAAAACCUCCUAUUUGCAGGAAAAACAAAAUUUUUCUCGUUUUUCCUGCAAUUUGCAGCAACAACAAAGAAGACUGAUUCUUCAAGCUCCAAUUCCACCAUUUCCGAUCAAAAUCUCCGAUUGAAAUUCCCAAGCACGAGAAUCGAGGAGAGAGAAUAGUUGUUGUUAGAGUGUAGAAGAAGAUGUGGGUGUUUUAUCUGAUAUCGCUGCCGAUGACAUUGGGAAUGGUGGUCAUAACCCUAAAAUACUUUGCAGGACCUCAUAUUCCUCGCUAUGUUCUUUUUACCGUUGGUUAUGCGUGGUUUUGUUCUCUCUCCAUUAUUAUUCUCGUACCUGCCGACAUUUGGACGACAGUUAUUGGUCACUACAAUUGGGUCAUAUCUUUCUCUUGGAGCUGGUCAUAUUGGAGCACAUUCUUGUUAACUUGGGCUGUGGUCCCCCUUAUUCAGGGUUAUGAAGAUGCUGGAGACUUCACAGUGACGGAAAGAUUAAAAACAAGUGUACAUGUGAACCUUGUCUUUUACCUAAUCAUUGGAUUCAUUGGCCUUAUCGGACUCAUACUUCUUAUCACCAUGGGCAAGAACCAGGAAGGAGGUCCUCUUGGUUUUGCAAUGGCCUGCUCAAAUACUUUCGGACUUGUUACCGGAGCCUUUUUACUUGGUUUUGGUUUAAGUGAAAUUCCCCGGAGCCUCUGGAAAAAUGCAGACUGGACUUUUCGGCAAAAACUGCUGUCUCACAAGAUUGCGAAAAUGGCGGUGAAACUGGAUGAUGCUCAUCAGAACUUCUCAAAUGCGAUUGUGGUUGCUCAAGCAACAUCUAACCAAAUGUCGAAGCGUGAUCCUUUAAGGCCUUACAUGGAUGUCAUUGACAAGAUGUUGGCUGAAAUGUUCAAAGAAGAUCCAUCCUUCAAGCCACAAGGAGGAAGAUUGGGUGAAAAUGACAUGGAUUAUGAUGCAGAUGAUAAAUCAAUGGGUGCGCUCAGGCGUCAGCUUAGAGUAGCACAGGAGGAGUAUUAUCGUUACAAAAGUGAAUACAUGACAUAUGUCUUGGAGGCCCUGGAGCUGGAAGACACUGUAAAAAAUUAUGAGCGGCGUCAUGCUACCGGAUGGAAGUAUAUCUCAAGCCUGAGAGGCAGUCGUCCAGGCAAAAUCGGCUCCUUUCUAGACACUAGUGAGUUACUAUGGCGCUGCAUCUUGAGGAAGCAACUACAAAAACUAUUGGCUAUUAUACUUGGUUGCAUGUCAGUUGCAAUUCUUUUGGCAGAAGCAACGCUGCUUCCCAAUGUUGAUCUGUCUCUUUUCUCGAUUCUCAUCAAAUCUGUGGGAAAACAGGAGUUGUUUGUGCAGGUUUUUGCAUUUAUUCCUCUUAUGUAUAUGUGUAUAUGCACAUAUUAUUCAUUGUUGAAAAUCGGAAUGUUGAUGUUCUACUCACUGACUCCAAGACAAACAAGCUCUGUCAACCUGCUUAUGAUUUGCUCGAUGGUCGCUCGUUAUGCCCCACCAAUUUCCUACAAUUUUCUAAAUCUUAUUCGCCUGAAAGGGAAAGCUAAAACUAUCUUCGAGAAGCAAAUGGGAAAUAUCGAUGAUGCUGUCCCAUUUUUUGGGAGGAGAUUCAACAAAAUUUUCCCUCUUAUUAUGGUUGUCUAUACAGUUUUGGUUGCAAGUAACUUUUUUGAUCGGGUGCUGAAUUUUUUCGGAAGUUGGAAGAGACUCAGAUUUCAAAGUGAAGCUGAGGAUCUGGAUGGUUUUGAUUCAUCGGGAAUGAUAAUCUUGCAGAAAGAACGUUCCUGGCUUGAACAAGGACACAAAGUUGGUGAGCAAGUUAUACCAUUGGCAAGAAACUUCAACAAUGUCAGUGUGGAUGUUGAGUCUGGCGUAAAUAAAAAGGAUGAUCAUGCUGUUGAGAUGAAAGGGUCUUCAUCCACCGAUGAUAUUAAAAAUAGUCUGGCGAAAACAUCAAAAUCUGAGGCUCGUCCAUAUAGUGGAAAUAGGGAUGCGAUUAGCCACAAGUAUGCUGUGCUGAGAGAGCAGAACAAACCAACAUCCAGCUCAAAACCAGCAGAGAGUACUAUAGCCUCCGCUAAGGUCUCAUUGUUGAAUGCUGGGAGUUCCAACUCUGCAAAUGACCCGGGAAGCACAUCAUCUGCCGGCGUGUCUUACACGUGGCAGUCAAUGAAAAUGGGAUUUCAGAAUUUCAAGACAAACCUUGGGUCAAAGAAAUUUCUUCCCCUACAACAAUCGCAAGACACGAAACUUCUUUCUCAUGAUUCUUCUUCAGAGUCUCUGGAUGAAAUAUUCCAGAGAUUGAAACGUCCUACUGUAGACAGCACGACAUAUAUUGAUAGUGAUGAUGAAAACGAUACAGAAAACAGGAAUCUGGGAUCAAAAAGAUGAAAUUUGUGGCUGAUUAGGAGAUAUGUAUAGUACCAUACAGCAGGCAUGAGUGCUUGAGAUUAUUGUAAAGUUAUAGAGAAAGGGUCAAAUGGCUGCUCUCAUGAGCACAUAAUUUUGCUGUACCCUGCCAUUCUGCAGUUUGUGAGAUGAUUAUCUGUUGCCAUGUGCAGCUGAUCAACUAGAACUGACUCAUAGGGUAACAACAAUGUACACAUUGUGAAGGAUGUUUUAUAACAUGAAGAAACACAACAUACGAGAAAAAUCCUUUUGUAUACCUACUGAGAAAGUAGUAAUUUAGGUUUUGCCAUUUUGCGUAUAGUAGUCAAUUUUUUUAUGUAUUUGGAUUGAUUUUAUGUAAGUGGGAUUUUGCUUCCUUCUAUAACAUGAACUUUAUGCA